AUGGCCGCUGCUCCUAGCAAUGUGCAUGUUUCUAAACACCCGUGCCUCGCGGCAAAGCUGAGUCUUUUGCGCUCAGAAACGACGUCGGCAAAGGAGGUUCAGUCUCUCGUCCAUGAAAUCUCCCUCUUUGUAGCCUGUGAGGCUUUAUCGCACGCUCUCACCGCAACCCCCGGCCCCAAGAAAGUCACCAACCUAGGCUUCGAGUACACCACUACUAUGGUCCAUCCGCAGAAGAUAUGCCUAGUUCCCAUCUUGAGAUCUGGCCUCGGGAUGGUGGACGCACUGCAAACACUUCUCCCCGAGCCCGUCCCUGUGCAUCAUCUAGGACUCUAUCGCGAGCCGAGCACGCUUGAACCAGUUGAAUACUACAACAAUUUGCCCAAUCACAUCGGCGACCAGGACGACCCAGAGUCGGGCAAGCUGGCCAUAAUUCUCGACCCCGUCAUCGCUACAGGCGGCACAUGUGCAGCGGCCAUCCAGUCGCUACGCGAAUGGGGGGUUUCCCGUAUCCUCGUGCUUUCUGUGGUAGCCGCUCUCCCUGGUGUACAGAGAGCCGCGGCUGAAUGGCCCCAGGGUGUCGAGAUCUGGUCGGCCGGCAUCGACAAUGAGCUUACCGACAAGGGGAUGCUCAAGCCCGGUCUCGGUGAUAUUGGCGACCGACUAUUUCUGACUAUCGGGAAAUGA